AUGAUUUAUCAUGAGGUUGAGGUCGAAAAAUGCAAACAGCGAGAUUUAUUGGAACAAUUACUUGCCGAGAUGGCAGGUGACUUCCCUAAACUUAGCAAGAUUUUCGUUGACGAACGGGACGCUUACAUGACUCAUGCCCUCCAUUCAUUGUUAAUCAAGAAUACGCUUGAGAAACGGUUAUCAUGGGAACGCACCGAUGUGGAUUGGCAACCUCUCAGAGUUGUUGCUGUUGUCGGCAUAGGUCAUACUCCCGGAAUUGCUGCUCAUUGGAACAAUCCAGUCGAUAUUGCUCCUCUUCUCUAUAUUCCUCCGCCGUCUACCUCAGCAAAGGUCGUAAAAUUUGCCUUCCGAGCAGCUUUCUGGGGAGCUAUUGGGUUUCUCUUAUAUCGUGGUGGAGUAAGAGUUGCGAGAAGAUUCCGCUGA